UUUUAGUAUGGUUUUUUGUAUUUCAGAAGUGCUUUUAAAAAAUACAUAAACAUACAUCUUUUAAAACACUGAAAGAAUGUCAAUUUAAGCUACUAUUUAAGAAAUUACAUAUAUAAUGCCAUGGGUUGCUAAAAAAAACAUAUAUAAUGUCAUGAUGAUAUAAGUAACGGAAAGAACAUUUUAAUUGCUAUUAUACUAAAUCGAAUUCACUAAAUAAUAAGUUCUUGAUUUUAGUUCUUAUAUCCAAACCAUAUUUAUGAUAAAAUGAAAUUAAUAUAUGGUCUAUUUUCACAAUUGUACCCUUUCCUUUCACCUCAUAAUGUUAUCCUCAUGACAAAAAAAAAAAAAGUCAACAAAAAUUAAUUUCUACUAUUUUCACCAAUUAGUACACCCAAACUGUAUUGACAUAGCUAGAUUAACAAUAAUAACAGAAUUAUGGUCUUCAUCUUCUUCUUUCUUUCAGGGUGAGUUGUUAAGAAAAAUAGAAAAUAGCUAAAAAGGAAAAGAAAAAGGGAAACAGAUAACAAAUAAUCUUAUUUCUGGAAUUCAAAGCCUCUAUGGAUUCUCUCAAGAUCAAACAUAUAAAUUUCGUAAUCUGUUAAUAUGGUUUUUGCUCAUAGAAGAUGAAACUUGACACCCACGUUUGAUUUGAAAAAGAACACCAACCCUACCAAAUAUCCAUUACGCCCACAUCAAUCUCAAGCUUUUCAUCAUCAUCUGGUGUUUAUUAUUGGAUUCUCAUCGUUAAUCCAUUGGUCUGAAUGGCAUAUUGAAGGGUGAUUAAGAGAACCACCUUACAUACUCCUAAACAUGACUUCAUCUGGUAAAAGAAGCACAAGGCGAGGAUCAUCAUCAGCUUCCAAGAAACCGGUUCUCCAACCCCAGGAUAGUGGAAGCAGUAGCCUAAAUGAGAACCCCUCACCCAAACCCGGUUCACCUCUCCCUGAACCGGUUUCUUCAAACACCGAGAGAACCGUCAAGACGCUACGAUUAUCCAAAGCCAUCACCAUCCCCGAGGGAACGACCGUCUUCGACGCUUGUCGAAGAAUGGCUCGUAAAAAAGUCGAUGCAGUUCUUCUAACAGACUCAAGCGCUCUUCUUUCAGGCAUUGUCACCGACAAGGACAUAGCAACAAGAGUGAUCGCAGAAGGGUUAAGACCAGAACACACUCUUGUCUCCAAAGUCAUGACAAGAAACCCUAUCUUCGUCACUUCGGAAUCUCUCGCCAUCGAGGCACUUGAGAAGAUGGUUCAAGGGAAGUUCAGACACUUACCGGUCGUAGAGAACGGUGAAGUCAUCGCUCUUUUAGACAUAACAAAAUGCCUCUACGACGCUAUCUCUCGUAUGGAGAAAGCAGCUGAGCAAGGAAGUGUUUUAGCUGCUGCUGCUGUGGAAGACAUUGAACGUCAAUGGGGAAGUGACAACACCUCAGCUCCAUAUCCUUUCGUUGAAACGUUAAGAGACCGUAUGUUCAAGCCUGCCUUGUCCACAAUCAUUACAGAACACUCAAAAGUUGCACUCGCGUCUCCCUCAGAUCCCGUCUUCGUAGCGUCCAAAAAGAUGCGUGAUCUACGUGUUAACUCAGUGAUCAUAACCGUUGGAAACAAGAUCCAAGGCAUUCUAACGUCAAAGGACAUAUUGAUGAGAGUCGUGGCUAAGAAUAUCUCCCCUGAGUUAACUCUUGUGGAGAAAGUAAUGACACCAAACCCUGAAACUGCAUGCAUGGAGACAACAAUAGUCGACGCGUUGCAUGUCAUGCAUGAAGGCAAAUUUCUACACCUUCCGGUUUUAGACAAGGACGGGUACGUAGUAGCGUGUGUUGACGUAUUGCAAAUAACUCACGCGGCUAUGUCCACCGUUGAGAGUAGUCCAGGAGCUGUUAGCGACAUGGCCAACACCAUGAUGCAAAAGUUUUGGGACUCGGCUCUCAGUUUAGACCCGCAUCCACCUGAGGAUUACGAAACUCACAGCGAUUUGUCGUCUACGAUGUUGUUGAACUCGGAGGGAGGAGGAGGAGUAGACUCCGGGAAGCUGCAAUCUUGUGGGAGUGUGAGUUUGUUUGCUUUUAAGUUCGAAGAUCGUAAAGGGAGAGUGCAUAGGUUUGAGUCGACGGGGGAGAGUUUUGAGGAGGUGAUGAGUGGUGUGGUGCAAAGAUGUGAUGAUGGCGAUCUAGGGGUUCAGAUAAUGUACGAGGAUGAUGAAGGUGACAAGGUUUUGAUUAGUAGGGACAGUGAUGUUGUUGCUGCGGUUGCUUUUGCUAGGUCUUUGGGACAAAAGGUUUUGAGAUUGCAUGUGGAUUUUGCGGAGAUGGUGAGUGUUGAGAGAAGUGGAGAUUUGUUUGAGGGGAGUUGUGGUGAUGGCUGCGGUUGGGUUUGGUGGCAGGCUGGAGUUGUGGCUGGGGCUGUUGUCUUGACGAGCUUAGGUUUUCUUGUUUACCUGAAGCGUUCCAAGAAAUGAUAUGUAUUUUAAAUGAUUUAAAUCGAAAAUGUGGUUUUUGUCUUUUUCGAUUAACAUUUGUAAAACUAGUUCCUGUAAUGAUAUUAUUAUUGUUGCGAAAAAACGAUGAUGUCUACUAAUCUAUUUUUUUCAACUUCUUCAGUGUAAAAAGUAAAAAAUGCAGGCUGUGGGGUUCGAACCCACGCGCACUUAUGUGCAGAAGAACUUAAGUCUUCCCCCUUAACCACUCGGGCAAACCUGCUUAUUGGAAAACAAGGUGUAUAUUCAUACAUCACUUGCUAGUUGUUUACAACGUUUAUAACCGAGAAGAACGAUUCUGGUUGAUCCAAUUAAUUUGGUAUGAGUGCCUUUGCGCUCUAGUGAUCUUACGAGAGUGGAAAACUUAUGGAAACGUUCAACAAACGCAAACAGAUUUUUUUCAUAUAGUGUGCGGUUAUAAGUUUCAAAGAAACACAUUUUUACCAGACAUUAAGCUGCGUAGAACACUUUUGCUGAUAAAAUCAGCCUCUACGCCAUCCACACAUGAAAUUAAAAGAAGCCGAAAUUAGAUUAUAAAAGAAGAGCUGCUGUCCUCUUUAAAGGCAGAGCUAUCUCAGGUUUUUUUCUUACAAAAAUAAGCAACUUAAUCCCAACAAGAGUGGUUUGGAAAAUAAACCAACAAAGGGAGAAAAAAAAA